AGGAUGUUCGAUGCUACCGGGUCCCUUCUGUUACGAACAUAGGCUAUGAUGAAGCCGAUAUCAUGCCCCGGUAGCGAUGAUAUUGCCGCAUCGACGCCAGAACUCCGCGCGAAACCUCUUGCGGUUCGGUAUCGAAGCCCGGCCGUGACGCAAAGUGAAAAGCUGUCUAAUAGUGACAUGGCGGCACGACGUUGUCGCUCACCUCCACACGUGGCUACGGGACGCCCUCACUGGGGAAUGCGUAAAAUGCGAAGAAGACAUUCGGUUGACCUGUGUCAUUGUGGAGAAUGGGGUGGGCUCCCAAGAAUGCUCUUCGCGUCGCGACUUCGGAAGAACGCCUGCGGAGCUGUCAGAAUGAAAUAGACUAUCUGGUAGGGUGGCGCUGCUUGUGAGAGAGGACGACGCCGCGUGAACAUUGCAGUGUGGCCAAAGGCUUGCCGGUGGUUGUAGGACGGGAGUCGUCGCUGUCGAGAACAGCGGAGUCGAUCUACGUUGUACGACAUCAAGUUCGAAGCUGGAUCCCGGACAUAUCGCGCAAGUGAAGGGUGGCAGCCCAGAUUGGAUCGCGGAAGCCGGUCGCGGGAGGACGACUGCUUGGUCCGGGAACAGCGGCAGAAUGCGGUGAGGUGUUUGCCUUGGAUCGAAGCCAUGCCCGAGGCGAUAUGACCGGAAACGGCAACAGAUGUCAUGCGCAGACGUCGGGCGAGACAGCCUUGCCUCUCGUCUUGUCACCCCGUUCGUUUCUGUCGCUCCCGCCGCGCGACGUGCCGUCAUCAUCCUCGCCAGGCCUCCCAGCGACGGCCGGGCUGUCUCUCGUCUCUUUCUCUCAUACCCCCACCAUCCCUGCCGUGGUCUUACUUCACAGCUGUAUAUAAUCCACCUCACUCCUUUCUUUGUCUCCAUCCAUGUCGCUCACUUCAGGCUCCCGUCCCUCUCCUUUCACCUUACAAGAGUUCAGCGAGCUCGUCUGCUCUGCCUUCAACAUCAGUGAUGCAGACCUCACCUCGCGUCUCAACCAGCCCCUCCUUUCUCUCACUCCACCUUCUCCUCAUUCUCCUUCUCCUCCAGAUCGCAUACAGCCACCUAAUUUCCUCUCCAGAGGUCGCAGGGCUGGCGACCCUCGCCGCAGUCGCUCCUCCAGUUUGGAUGACCGCUCGCCUCUUUCGUCCCCAGCAAGGCCAAGAUCCCGUUCUGGAACGAUCAGCGCGCGCCGAAUGUUCCAACAAGUCCGCUCUCGAGCCUCAGCGUUGGUUCUGCGGUCACGUGAGCCUCCUGCUUCUCCCAGCAGACCCCCUUCCCCGGCUCCUUAUGAGCCCCUUCCGCGUCCCUGCCCGUCCCCCACUCUCUCCGCCUCAUCCUUCGUCCGCGCGCUCUCCCCGUGGAGCAUGCUUGACUCUACCGCAGGUCGUCCCAGCUCCCGAGCUCCCAGCCCUUCCCGCUCCCUGCUCACCCCCAUUCGCCGGAGCGUCAGCCCGACGCCUCUUCCUACGCGGCAGGCACAGUCGUAUGGUCCGUCGGUGUCGCGUUCGCCGACCACCGCCCUUCGUUCCUUCUUCGACGAUACCCCAGUCCAGUCCAAGCGCGCAUAUAGUCGCCCCGCCACCUCGGCGUCCGUCGUGCACCCUUUAUAUCGUGUUUCAACCUCUAAUAGUGUUCAAGAGGGUCUUCCCCACGAGUCCUUACCCUCUUUCUUCGAGGACACUGGCUAUCGGGUCGCGAAUCCCAGACCGCCUUCAUACUGUCGUCCCGUCCCGCCAUCCACCGCCAUCCACUCUCGUCUCCCGCCUCUGCGCAAGACGAAAAGCAGCGGUCGCGGACUCUUAGGUCGCGAAGAUCAUCAAUCAAGCGCUCGAAAGAUUGACGGACCUGCCAUGAGAGUGGGGUUCCAGGAUUUUGGGCUGUGGAACCAUCGCAAGGGCGAGAACAUGCCAUCGCCUUUGACACACCCGAGGGAUCCACCUCCUGUCCCUGCGUACGUGUACGAGCGACGGGGUAGCGCCACAAGUAACUCGACGGGAAGUACACGAUCGAGCUCAAGCUUGUCUCUUCGACUUUCCAGUCUUGUCGAGCUUGCGCUUCCGAGCAAAAUGCGCAUUCGCGGGCGUUCCAAAUUGAACCUGAAUACCACAUCCGGGUCGGAGGAGGCAUCCGCCGACUCGUCACCGUCGACUCUUUCGUCGGGCUCCCUACCGUCGACUCCGAGCUCCCCAAUCUCACCCUUCUCACCGAGUCCGGUAUCGACAGCACCAACCUUCCCAUCAUCCUGCUCGGUGUAUUCGAGCUGUUCCCCCCGCUCGGACGCGUCUUAUACCUUCCCUGCCAGGAAGUCGCCCGCCAUAACGCCGAAACGGGAUGGUCCCCCCUCAGCUUGGCCUUCACUGGUGUCCACGUCCUCGUCUUCCGGCCGACCUGCGACGAGUCCCUGCUCUCCCAAGUCUGCAUUCAAGCGAAACUCUAA